UUAUGACUGUCAAGUCUUUCCCAUGACAUUCUCAACAGCGCCUGCUCUAUUAUUUGGUCUGGGCGUACGCAUUGCUCUCAACAAGUUCUCGAGCACUGCUGAUGCCAGUGCUGACGAGGCUGUCAUCAGCGAUGUCAUCCUUCUCGGCGUCGUCCAAGGCUUCGGCAUCGCUGUCAAACUCGUUAUCGAGUUUAUGAUGCUCCAGGACGUCUCCAGGUGCGCGACCACCUUACUCGGUGUCGCCCUUGGUGUCCUAGUCACCGACAUCCUAUCGCAACUCAUCGAGGACGGAUACUUUUAUGACUUUCACGGAGACUCUGUUCACGACAAAGAGAGCACAUAUACCUCAAAACGAAAGCGUCUCGUCAAAUUCCAGUCUAGCACCGAGUACCAACGAUGGCGUACGCCACCUUCGCUGACAUCCACUUCUAGCAUCGAUCCCAACCACACCAUGAGCCCGCCUGAACGGGAGUUGGCGAUGCUACGCGCAAAGGCGUCGUUAGCGGAUAGUGAGCGGAGGCGGUUCAAGGAGGAAAAGAAGUGGGCUGAGUCGCAGGGGAACUUUGCGCGGGUAUCUCAGAUGAGUUGGCAGGUGAAACGGUACACUGCUCUUACGCAGAGUUUCACUCGGGAAGCGGAUGCGAAAUUCCUUGAAGUGACUGCGAUGAAACAACAGCUGCAGCUGCAGCCUGACGCUGUUGCCGCGAUUGCUCCACAACCCUCAAACAGACAUCAGGUCGAUCGGCAUACAAAUCACUCUCGACAAACAACCCAGGAGGUUGUGAUUGAUAGGCAAUCCACGGUUACAGUAGAUGUUCCAAGGAGGCAUCGGAGGCAGAGUUCUGGGACCUUGAAGUCCGCAAUGCGUCUUCAAGUACGAUAAUGACAUGACGAGUAGUACGAAUCAUAUUACGAUCCUGCAACCGUCACCGCCUAUUUUGCUUCAUUUACUUGAAGGCUUUUCUAGGACUUCUUUGUAUCAUUAGAUCUGUUCUUUUUUUGGCACAGUGCAGAGCUGUCUCAGAAAAUCAAACGUCCUCUUGGUCGGAGAUUUGGUUGCAAUUCCAAUUUGUCUGGACUCUGCAUCUAAGUAACAUGUAUGCAUAUAGAAAGUUCCGUGUUAAUGCGUGCUAAAUAUUGUAGACGUAUAUAUUACAGUGUA